AUGCACUGACCCAGUGUAUUGCCGGGGGGCUCAGGUGCCGGCCAUGAAGGCUUCUGGGACAUGCGUUGGGUUGUGGCUGGCGGUGCUGGUGCUUGGGGCCGGGGUGGUCGAGGCACAGGGAGGAGAUGAGGAAGGGCCAAAAGAUUUCCUCCUGCUGGAAGGGUACCGCUCGGCCAUUUAUGGGGCAGAAUGGAGGCAGCAGGAUCUCAGCUCCGGGAGCCAAAAUCUACAUUCAUGGGCGGCGGCUUCACAGACAGAUGAUGGUUCCCAAAGAGAACAGGUAGCUUCAGGUUUGGUGGAAGAAAACAACAGAGAGGAGAGCAGAUGGUUGGCCCAACUGGAUGACAUUGACCAUGAAGCAAUCCUGCGCAUUGGCACAGACCAAACAGUACUGAAGGCCGGAGAGGACCUGUAUAACAAGGAGAGCACUAUAGACCGGAACAAAUGUUUGCUGGAUUGGGAUGAGUCUACUGGACAAUUUAAAUUAGUUAAAUCAAAAGGAGAUGGGGGGAUUGAUAUCACAGCACAUGAUAAACUCACAGUGGUCGGACACGGAGGUCACCGAGAUGGAAAAGUAUCUGUUGGGGGAAAGACAUCUGAUCAGUUAGCCAAAGCUGUAUUAAGCCUCUGGGAAAGCACGGCCCCCAUUCACUGGCCAUCUAACAUGAAGGUAAUAGAGGAGAUCAGCAUACUCUCCUGUGAAGUUGGGGCCGGUGAGCAAGGGGAAACCUUUACCAAAGAAUUCCUGUUGGCCCUGAAGGAAGGUGGCACCACGGUUGGCUCAGUCUCAGUCCGUACUACAGAGGUUAUAGUGGAUGAAGAUGGAAGGAAAGUAACUAUUGAUGUUGACGAUCCAGAUCUGUGGAGCAGGCACAACCCGGGGCACAAGCGCAGAUUCUAUCUGGGGGAGGACAACAUUCUCAGGGAGGUGAGCGACACAAGGGGCAGGAGCCCAGAGUGGAUCCAGAAGAUGGGAAAUGCUAUUGAGUAUGACCCUUUAAUUAACACUAAUAAGAUUCUAUGCAUGAAGGAUGGUCACAAUACAUACAAAAUUCUGGACACUGACAUAGAAAAUAUUAUUGAGAAUAAGGCAAGAGAGCUUUUUGGCACAGAAAUAACUUCACCAAUUGAUACAAAAGAAGAACAAAUGGAUGUCUAUUACAAAUCUACAGAGGAUGGAGAACUACAGCGUGAAGAGAUAGAUGUACGCAUUGUGCAGAGUCUGGAUGGCUUACUUUAUAAUAUUAAGGACAUCAUACAGACUGCUAACAACAUUAGAAAGAAUGUUCUAGAAGAACCACAGAACAAGCAACUCUUGCAAAGAUACGAUAUCAUUCAAGAAAACGAUUAUAAUUUGAAAACUGCAUGGGAAAAACUGAUGCAAACUGCAAAGUCACGCGUCAUCGAUCAGAACGAUAAAACAAGAUUAGGAGAUAUCAUUACGGAAACUGAGAGACAGCUGUCUAAUGCAGGUAAAUUCUACCGCUUCAAAGAUUUCAUCUACAGGAUCAACAUGGAUAACUUCUAUGUCCGCUUGUAUGGGACAACCACUUCAGAACCAUUCAUGGAUAAAGAGACAUCCAAAGACCUUAUAACGAUUAGAAAUGAAGAGUUUAUAAAUUAUCCAGAUAUAGGAAAAAACAUGCUUAACAAGGAUACCUUUGCAGAAAUGGCUAGAGAUUGGAUUGAUGACAACAAGAUAAAUGUUGAUGUUAAUCCUUAUGAUGGAGCUGGGGUACUCGCCACACAUAUUGCUGAGGCAGUUCGUAAUCCCCGAAUGUUUUUAACAAACCGGCUAUUGUGGGAUACAACGUCAGGGUGGAGUAACUUUAAGAAUUAUGAGCCCAUGCUACGUGGAGGUACUUGGAAAGGAAACCAUGCAGCUAUUGGUCUGGACUAUGCUACAACUGACCCAGGAAUGAAACAGAACGUUCCAAGGGAAACCAUCUAUGGUAUGAAGUUGUGGCUUGCAAGGAAAUUCAGUACUAUAUUUCAGCUAAAACCUUUUAGUUCCGGUAACAACUUCCCAGAUAUCCCACAGGAUAAGCUCAAUGUUCAGUUGCAGAUGAUAAAUGAGAAUAUUCCACUGACAAACAAUGAAAUUGAUUAUAACUGUAGAGAACAGCGAGGGACGUUGUCAGAAAAUGUCAUUCAUGAUCUGCAAGUAAUAGAACAAAGGAGAGGGGAGAGCCUGGAGACAGAAUUCCAGUUGAAGGCAAUGGAAGACAGAGAGACCCUACUAAAGAAAAUCAAAGAAAAGAUAAAUGAACAAACACCAGAAGAUCUCUCCAAGUACCAGAAGAUGAAGCUGAUUGAGACAUAUGCAGAUGGCAUUAAGAUUGUGCUGGAAAAUAAACAAAAUCCUUCAGAAACUAAAGAGAUUUUCAUGCCUGGUGAACGUGGUGCCCUGAAAUCAGAAGAGUUGGUUCAUUCCUAUUUCAGCGAUAUCCAUGCAGCCUCUGGCAAAAUCAACCAUGCCUUGGGUAUCUAUGGAAUGGUCAUGGGCUUCCAGGCAGCCAAUCAGAUGUUUGCUGAGGGGAGAGAUUUGGAAGGGGGGAUCAUGUUAGUUCAGGGGGUACAUGGAGUUACAGAGAUGACUGGAAUUAAUGCAGCAGUAAAUGACUUUGUUUCCAAUGUUGCCAAACAAUCCAUCACCAAGAUCUCGGAGGGACUGGAAGAAGCUGCAGCAGCGAAAUUCACAAACUCCUUGGCUGAAGUGGGGGAACUUGCUAAAGGCAUCCCUGUUCUUUCAGCAGCAUUCACUGUAUUUAAUAUCUACGAAGAUCUCCACCAAAAUUCUCCCAUUGGGAUAGUAGAUGCAGCGCUUGAUGGGGUCAUCUUUGUCACAGCUCUGGCUGGCCCGGAAAUGCUUCCCAUCACUGUAGCCUUAACCAUAAUCCGUCUGGUCAUUGACCCCUUGUACAAUGAAAUAAAGCAUGAACUCGAUGCUUUGCCUCCCGACGCGGGUGUUGGAGACAAGUUUCUUGCAGUUAUUACAGGGAUUGGUCUUGCUUUAAGAGAUGUACUCAAUACAUUUGUGGAUAUACUGGAACAAAUAAAUAUAUUUGGGCUAAUAGCCAGUAUCAGUAACCUGGACGAGGAGCACCGGAAGAGCAUGGAGUUAGUAAACCAACUACAGACAGUAGAGAACUAUUUCAAGAUCUUGGAUGAACAGGAUGGAGAUGAAUGUCACCAAAUUGUAGACUUUACUAAAGGUGACUCUUCUGCCUAUGGGGGAAACCUACGGGUUGAGCUGACAGAACAUGGAACAAUGAAAGUUACAAUUGUAAACCCAAUCACAUCUGGCAAACUGGAGCAGGAGAUCACCUUUCAGAAAAACUGUGAGUCCCUGGAUCUGGUUAUGGGUAUUGGGGAAGCCGUAAAUAUUAAACUGAAACAGAAAUCAGCAACAAUCUUCUGGUUUAUUCCAGUGAAAACGGAGGAGGUUAUAUCUUCUGUUACUGCAGAUGAAACAUCAUUGCAUGGAACGUACAUAGGGAACGCCAAACCCAACCGCUUCUUUGCUGUACAACAAAAUGUCAUUGACAAACUGCCUUACACCCUUGAUCAAUAUUAUUAUGAGCUGCACGGAAAUGAUGGGAACGACAUUUUCUUCUUGGGGCCCCAAAAAAGCUUUGUACAUGGAGGGAAUGGGAAGGAUGUCUAUAUCAUUCCCAAGGUAGGAGGCCAGGUAGAGAUCUGCAAUCAAGCCAGUGAUGGGGCCAUGGACCUUUUAAUCUUUAAUGUGACGUUCCAAAAUAUAUGUGCCAGAAAGGUCUCCAAUGAUCUCUCUCUGUUCUACAAUAACAACCAUAAGGCUGUAAUCAAAAAUUGGUUUAACGGAGAAGAAUAUAAACAUAUGAGUUUUAAAAGCUUAGACGGUACCAUGUUUACUAUUGGGGAAGUUCAAUUAAAUGGAAGAGUUACCCUAGCCGCCUCCUACCUGGAUUAUUCAACUAGUGACAAGGGAAUGGAAAUAAACCUACUCAAUCCUCCUUGGGACACAGUUGUGUCAGUGAUUGGGACUAACUUUAGUGAUGUCAUUGUUGGGAAUAAGCUGAAUAAUGUGCUACAAGGUGGAACUGGUACCAAUAGCCUCACUGGCCACGAGGGGAAGGAUAUGUAUAUAAUACACGAGAAAGAGACCUGUGACACUAUUGAUAAUUUUGCCCAUGACGACCAAACAGACAUUGUGGAAUUGCCUGCAGAGUACAGAAAUCUCCGUGUGGUGCUGGACCCCCCACAGUCCCUGAAGAUUUGGGAUUCCAGUAGGAAGGCAUGUGUUAUAAUCAAAGACUGGAAGAAAGGCUGGCAAUGGCAGCACGUUGUGUUCAAAAGCAUCGACUUUGUGGUGUUCCAGGUCUCCAACUCCUCAGCAGAGCCUGAAAUGACCCCAUUAAUAUUAGACUACAGCGAUUCCCAACAUGGGGUGAACGUUGAUUUGAGGUCAAUGCCAGGGAACGAGAAUAUAAUGACAGUCAUCGACUCGCCGUUCCCAGAUACCAUUAUCGGAAACAGCAAAUCAAAUUUCAUAAAAGGAGGAGAAGGAGACACGUUAACUGGGGGAGAUGGAAGAGAUACUUAUGUGGCUGAAUGCAAGUCUGGGGGGGUCACUAUCAAUAACGAAGCUACAGAUAAUGCCCAAGAUGUCCUCUAUAUCAAAGGCAAAUAUGCACUGCUUGACAUUUAUUAUUUUGUAAACAUAGGCGUAUCUGACGGCAUCAGAAUUAUUCGAUCAACUUCUGACCUCAGGAUCAGUAUUGCAGACACUUGCAGUAUAACGUUAUUACAUUGGGCCAGUUCAGAAAACUUCCGCCAUUUACAGCUGCAGACCGAGGACGGCAUCACUUUCAGUAUUUCCCGCGACCUUGUACGUACAGUAUAUGCUGUAGAUAACUCCCGAGGCACAAUACCUACCCGUGAGAUAGACACAAGAACUGGCAUCUACGCCGGGGCAACAAAGAUCAUGGGGCCCCCCGAAUUCUCCAUCAUUUACGGGAACGAAAAGGACAACUACAUUGAUCCUGGAACUCACAGCAUUCUGAUGUACGGCUUUGGUGGGAGUGACACUUAUAUCAUUAGGAACCAUUACGAAGGGGUCUUUAAAAUAAACAAUUAUGCACAAGAUAUUAAAUUAGAUUAUCUGCUGCUUAAUGUCAGUUUUGAUAAUAUUCAGUACAAAUUGGUAGAAGGUCAAGAUCUACAUUUAAGUGCUCCGACAGUCGGUAAAUGGGAAUGCCUGUUGCUAAACUAUGCCAAGAAUGCCAGUUACCGGCACAUAGUGGUGGUGGGCACUGACGUUCGGUUCACGUUCUCGGAUGACCAUCUGGAGAUCCAACCACUGUUUAUAGACAACAGAUUAUCGGCAAAGGAACUGCACCUUAAUCUUUCAGCUGGAAGUUAUCAGUCACUGACAACUGUAUUUGGGGCUCUCCAGAAAAGAAACUUUAUCACUGGAAAUAUGAUGAACAACACGAUUAUUGGUGGAAAAGGUUCUGAUGUAUUAUAUGGAAUUGAAGGGGAUAACACCAUUCAAGGUUCUGGAGGAAAAGACUAUCUUUCAGGAGGAGCUGAUUCAGAUGAAAUCCACGGAGGUGAAGGAAAUGACUUGAUCUUGGGUGGAGCAGGGGAUGAUGUGAUUUAUCCGGGCCAAGGUUCUGACACAGUUUAUGGAGGAACCGGAUCAGACACCUUAUUGUUCCUCGGGGAUCUCGAUAACGCAACUGGGGUAUUGGUGAACCUGGCUCUGGGAUACGGAGUUGGCGCGGAUGCUGAGGGGGAUCUGUACUUUGGAAUAGAGAAUGCCCUGGGCACCAGCUAUGAUGACAUCCUGAUUGGAAAUAAUGAGGAUAAUUACUUAAGCGGGGGAGGAGGCAACGACCUCAUUCAGCCAAUGAAUGGUGAUGAUGUCAUGCAUGGAGGGGAAGGGAAAGAUCUAUAUAAUCUGAUGCAUGCAACUGGCAUGAAAAUGAUCGACAACUUUGCCAAAGAUACAAAAGAAGAUUUGAUUUAUGUCGGGGAAGUUGAAAAAACUACAAAAAUUCUAUUGAGCAGAUCCAGCCAGGACCUCAAUAUAACGCUCACUAGUGGCAAAAACCUGGAUGUUUUUCUUGGGAUUCUAGUGAAAAACUGGUUUAAAUCAGCGGAGCACCGCCAUCUUCUCCUGAAACUUGAUUAUUCAUUUGACAUUGGUUUAUUUUAUAAGAGUUUGGUAGAGUUUGAUUCCGAUUUUAUAGUUUGUGAACUAUCAAUUCAAUCAUACAGAAGUGGGCUUGUUUCUAGGUGCCGACCUCCCACCCUCCAUUUCACUGUGCCAUAUAAAAUAUGGCGUGUCCCACCAAUAUGGCCGAUAUAGUGUCACGUAACCACUGUAAGAGCCUGGGGUUGCAUAUAAUACAUUAUAUCCAACAAAGAAAAGUCCAGUCUCUACAGGGAAGCAUCGUUAGCAGGAAUCAACUCAUCAAAGGGAUCCUUUCAUAAGAAAAUGUUUUUUAAUUUUGAAACUUGAUGUGCGGCUGCCAUUUUCUUAUAUUCCCAAGUUCCCUCAGUCACAUGCUCUGGUAAUUAGCCAUGUGACAGGGUGACUGUUUCAGAUGAGCAGAAAGAAGAUGUAUACUGGUUGCACAAUUGGUAACAGGGGAUCUUUUCAUAUGUUCUGGGGUUUCAUAGACAUUGUAUGUUUAAAAUAUAGGUCUAUGUUUCUAUGUAUCAGUUAUUAUAGGUGUUGAAAUCCAUAUAUAUACGUUGCAUAAUUAUUAAGAAAGAGUUAUUCAUAUAUUGCAUGUGAUGUACCAUCUAAAUAUAAAGAUGUACCACCUAAAGUGCCACCUCA